GUCCUUCUGUGGCCGGUGUGUUGUCGGGCACACGGAUAAGUUAGCUUUGGGCUAACACCGCAAUGGACCAUGUCUCAACUUUAUGCUCGUCAGACACUUCCGAAGAGCCGCAAAUCUGCGACGGUCCCUCGGUAGAAGAUGGACUGGUCGAUGCUUUUGGAGACCUGGCUGCCCUUCCCGUCGAGGUUGGCGAGAGGAGACCGACGUGUUUACGGUGCCGUCGCCCUCAGAAGGUGUGUCUCUGUCCUUUUCUUCCACCACGACCCCUGGAGGUUUCCACGUGUCUGUAUGUAGUGCAGCAUCCCGCAGAGGAGAGCAGAGUACUCCGCACAGUACCUCUUCUUGCUGCAUGUUUGCCACAAGGAAAAUGCAACGUCAUAGUAGGAAGAAGAUUCAGUGAGGAAAAGCAUCCAGAUUUGGCUGCAGUUUGCCGGGACAGUAAAACACUGAUCCUGUACCCAGGCCCCAAAGCCCAAAAUCUAGAAGAGCUAUUGCAAUACCAGGAAGUUGGGAGUGAAAAACACAAUGUCAUCCUCAUAGAUGGCACCUGGAGUCAGGCUAAAAACAUGUUUCUCAAAAACAAUAUGUUCCACCUGCCCAAACAGGUGCAGCUCAACAGGACUCUGUCAAGUCAGUAUGUGAUCCGCACACAGCCCUCCAAUAUCUGUCUGUCUACGCUGGAAUGUGCUGCCAUCGCCCUCUCUAUCAUUGAGCGAAAUGAUGAGAUUCAAGAGGUCCUGCUGAGGCCCCUGAGAGCCCUGUGCUCCUUCCAGCUGCAGCAUGGUGCUCAGGUUCAUCAUAGUAAGGAGCAUCUACUGAAGAACGGCAUGUAUGAUAAACCCAUGCCCAAGAACAAACGCAAGAUAAAGAGGAUGGAGAAACUUGUCACUGACCACAACAUCUGUCCAAGAUGAGGAAAUAGCCGGGCAAAGAACCGAGGCUCUUCUUAUCUCUGUAAACACGGCUAUCUUCAUCUCAGAGACUGCAUUAUUAUGGCAGAAGGUCACAGCAUCAGGCUACAGCUACAGGCAACGGAAGAACUGGACUGUUUUUUUGUCCUUUUUUAAAAAGAUAAUUGCUGUGUGCAGGUAAUUUAUCCAUUUGUCAAUAGUUUUACAAAAUAUGGCAAAUGAAAGUGUUGGUAUGACAAUAAAGCACAUUUGAGAUUUUUAUUGUUUUAAUAGAAGUUUACAUGUUUUUUUCUAGCCUGUUGAUAAUGUUGGUUGGGUUGUGAUUGGUUUCAUAUGGCAACAACUGAAGGGCUGAUUCAAAUGUUUCAUAUGUUGACAAAUAUUUAUUCAGAUACAUAAAUAAUAACUGCAGCUGUACAACACCAAAACCCAGGUUAUUUUCAUUAUGUUCACUUAACAGGAAACCAGCUUAUACUGUCAGUGCACUGUUUAUGGGAUGAGGAUUUGUGAUAUGUCCUAUAGCACCUUUCAGACACAAUUUAUUAUGUUUUAAAAGUUGUCAUGGUAUUUCUAUGCCAAAAAAUAAUGUGUAUGGAAGUAUGAAAACUGUAAAGUCAAUUCAUGUGUUUCAUGAACUGCAAAAAUAAAAACUUAGUGUUAUUUCUACAAGAA